AUAUUUGGCUUGGACUCAAAAUGAUAAGUGAAAUUCAGAAGAAGAAAAAAACAAUUAAACACGCCACGUGGGGCAUAGUUUUACAUCAUAUGAUCUGAGAUGUUUUUCAUUGUGGGUCUGCAUUGCAAAAUCAUCUGAAAUCAAACCCGUGGAUCAGGAUGCUUGUGGUCUCUAUUAAAAGGCAAGUGGCUUUUAUCGUAUAUGAACGUGGACGUUUUCCCGAACUCUCGACGGUCAGGUGAACGGAUGAACAAACCUCACGGUCCAUCACGGCGCCCCGCAGAGCAGUGCCGCGUCAGAGGCGGAUGAGGAUGAAGCCCGGCUGGAAUGAGCGGCGGAGGGAUCUGUGUUCGUGCGCUCAGGCCAUCCGCUCUUCCGCCCAGUUUUCCGAUGUGAUUCGUCUGCGCUGAAAAUGGAGUUCGCGUAAAGCAGAUCCCACAAACUUCCCAGGAAGAAUUCCCAUCGCUCGGCACGUUCUUCUCACGCAUUCUGUCCCAGUCUUAGACUCUGGUUCACCUCCAGCCGAGCAGCGGACAGCAGCGGGCUCUUCGUCCGAUCUCUGACAUUCUGCCGAGUGAAGCUGUCGCCUGAUCGGCUCGUGUGGGUUUUCCAAACUCGCUUUCGCUGGGAUUUUGGGAUUUUUGUGGGAUCAGGAUGAGGCAGGCGCUGAUGGUUUCCCCGCUGGAUGUGAUUUAUCGGUCAGACGGGUCGAAGUGUCGCUUUCACUGCUUCCACACUCCCUUCCCGUUCUGAGCCCAGUGCAGCAUGCUCGCCUGCGGAGCGGGUCGCUUUCUGUCAAUAAUGGCCUUUCGUGGUGUUUUCACCGAGGAUAUGGAGAUAUUUGCGCUUUAUUUCCCCGCCGUGAGUGCGAGCUCGAUCAUAUUUCCAGGAUUUGGAUCCCCGUGAGAAAAAAUGAGCGAAGAAUCAAAUCCAAACAGCGAGGAGAGUUACGCUCGUGUGAGAGCGGUGGUCAUGGGUCGUGAUGACUCCAGCGGUGGAUGGCUUCCUCUGGGCUCCGGUGGACUCAGCUGCAUCACUGUGCACAAGGUCAGCCGGACCGAGGCCGACGGCUCUAGCGGAGCGGAUUUCCUCAUCCACGGAGAGCGGCUCAGAGACAAAACGGUGCUGCUGGACUGCGUCAUCAGGAGGGAUCUCGUGUAUAAUAAAGUCAAUCCCAUCUUCCACCACUGGAGGAUCGGCAGCAUGAAGUUGGGCCUGACCUUCCAGAGCCCAGCAGACGCCAGGGCCUUCGACCGCGGGAUCCGGCGAGCUCUGGAGGACAUCACACAAGGUGGCGCACUGUACAGCGACACGGACGCUCCUGAAGACGCCUCAUCACAGGAGACCAUGGCUGUCGGUACGCCGGUGAGAGACGUCUUCUGUUCUCGUGGUGUCGUGUCCACUGAACCCUUCCGCAGCUCUUACGUACGAGCUCAGCCCUUCGACGAGGCUCUUACUGCCAGCCAGCAGUUCCUGCCUCCACAGGUUUCCUUCAACACCAGGCGUCACGUGAGCUUUCACAUGGAUGACGAGGAGAUCGUCCGCAUCAACCCGCGGAAGGACGUCCUCAUCCGAGGCUAUGAGGACUACCGGCACCCGGUGUUGUGGAAGCAGGACCCGGAGCGCGAGGAGCCCGACGCCUCUGCCGCCUUCUCCAAGCUGGAUGGCAAGAAGUGCGAGUACCUGUACGGCGAGGGCCCGGAGCAGCACAUCGGCGGCAAGGACUCCGUCAAGACGCAGCAGCCGGUCCUCGGCAAGUGCAAGGCGUCCCGCAGGCGGCGAGAGGACGGCGAGCGCUCGCGCUGCAUCUACUGCCGUGAGAUGUUCAACCAUGAAGACAACCGGCGGGGUCAGUGCCCCGAUGCGCCCGACCCCAUCAAGCAGUGCAUCUACAAGGUGAGCUGCAUGCUGUGUGCCGAGAGCAUGCUGUACCACUGCAUGUCCGACUCGGAGGGAGACUUCUCGGACCCAUGCUCCUGCGACGUCAGCGAGGAGCAGUUCUGUGUGCGCUGGCUGGCGCUGCUGGGUCUAUCUUUGCUGGCGCCCUGCAUGUGCUGCUACCCUCCGCUGCGCGCCUGCCACCGCUGCGGAGAGGCCUGUCGCUGCUGCGGAGGAAAGCACAAGGCCGCGGGCUGAGCGCUGUUUUCAUUGGCCCGAGACGGGCGAAGCGUCACUCACCGCUUGACUGGAGCUUGUGGAGAGAGCGGCCGAGCGCAGGCGUUGGUGGAGCCGAGCGGAGGAGCUCCUGACGUGAGGAGGAACGUCCUCGCCGCACCGACAUGAGGAGGAAGCGCACUCCUGGAGCAACACGUCGCGUGUAACUAUGUGAAGAAAUAAUAAUACUAUCGUGUCUUGUACAGAGAUCUAACACAUGUACGCUGAAGGGAUUUUCGCUCUUGGCUUUUUCGUGCAGUUAUUAACCGUGGCCUUUUCUUUUUGAUGCUAUCAGUACUAGACGGAGAAAUGCACUAAGGUACAGACUCUUGUGCUCUUGUUUUGCUCCUGCGUUGUGUUCGGGAUGCACGUUUCCUAAAGCGCUGAUGCUUUCAAUCCAGCGGGCACUUAUUAUAAUCCCAGAAGCUCCUUUCUGACUUUAACCGCAGACGGUUUAAAUCGCUGAACAACAUCCAACACGCAGGACAUUAUUCUCAAGGUGGAAUAUAAGUGUUUAUUUUACAUGCAUGUUUAAAGCUGUUUAUGUUUAUGCCGAAUCUUGUUUUGACUAAUAAUCAGAUGUUUUGUGCAAAGAUGAUCUGUCAGUGUUGUGGGAAAGAAAGACGGUUUACUUUCUAUGCAAGUAUUUCCACGAGAUGCUCGGACCUCCGGCUGUACAUAUCAACACUAUUCCCACAGUGACGGUACGUAUCGUGGUUUGAUUUCACAGCAUUAUGUACAUAAGUCACAUUUUAAUAUUGUUUCACAUUGAAAAGUAGUGGAGACGACGGAAAUUACUUCUGAGGUUUUAAUGGAGAUUCUCUCUAGUUUUGUAUCGCCGAACGAUGACAGUAAAUGGUGCGCGGAACAAGUGUUUUUGAAGCUCGUCUUAUGAAGCUGCUAGAAACAAUCACUAACCGCAUCACAAGAUUUAAUCGGAUGACUGUUAAUCGCGAUCUAGUUCUCCAGUAUGGUUUAACCCUCGCCGCGCUUUUGUGUUGCUUCUUCUGGUGAAUUGCUGGCAUCUGUGGAGAACCGGCUGGAGGCGAAUCUGGAUUUCUACGGUUCCUCGCAGAUUAUGCAACGCUUUCGCGUGUAACAUUGCGUUCAUGUGACUACCAGUUUAAUCAGGUGCUGCUACUGUUUUAUUUUUUUAUUUGUGUUCUUC